UCAACGGGAUUUCCCCGUUUGACAAGUUCGGUUGCACAAUCAACGUAGGAAGAAACAACGUCAGCUGAGGCAGAGGAAGAGAAUCCUACACACUUCACUGACUUGAUGAUGUAUCUCUUUUGAGGUGUAGCUACCUGGCAGAAGAGAAAGUUUCAAACAUGGGAAAAUUCUCCUUCAAAGAACGACAACAAAGAGGGGAAGAUUUCAUUCGGUUUCUCAAAACUGAAAACAUAACAAUUCAUGGCAUGCACAAGAAAGAGGUUCGCAACAUGUACAACACGCGAUACAAAAACUACCUGUCCCAGUUAGCACCAGGAGAGCAUAUACCAAGCUUCAGCAGUAUUUUACAACCAUUAUAUAUCACAAAAACUCUCCAUGUUCGAGCUGACAAAUUCUAUAAUGGACCAGCCCCCCAUAGCAGUACCAAAGACCACAGUGUUGAGGAUGUUGACAGUGACAGUGACGACAGUAUUGUUUCACUAGAUGCCAGAGGAGGAGAGGCAUUUCCAAACCCAGUGGAUAAUAUGCAUGCAAACAAUAUUAACUCUGUACGGGGGAACUUGAAGUUUCAGAGAAAGUUUGCUGUCGACCAACAUAGACAUUUCAACAAGGCACCAAUUGCAGAACAAACCGUGUCUAAAAAUGUUCCCAAGACAGACAGUUUGCCUGAGUUUGUUCAGAAAAGCGGGCAUAUAUUCCGGUGUACACUGUGUGCUGCCCCGUGUACGUCAGAAGCUGAAGUUACCAAACACGUAGACGGUCGCAGGCACAGAGUCGCAGUCCUCAUGAAUGGUUUGCGAACAAAGAGAGAUGACCUUAUCAAAGACAAGUUUGGAAUCCAGUUGUCCGCAUCAGUGUCAGGGGAAGGGGAGACAUUUGUGAUACCGCUGAUGGAGGGUGUAUCGAGGCGGUGACGCUGGCCAUACAUAACACCAACACUAGAGAUACUGUGACGCUGCUCAGCUGCGAGCUGCUGAAACGGAUUCGCGUGUUCCAGCUGGAUGAUUCCAAGAAAGUGACUGAAUCCCAAGGCCAUGCAACAAUCCUUCCUGGGGAAUCAUAUGUUAUAAAAAUCAAGGUUCAAGCUCGUAACGUGGGGAGUUUCCACUCACCCCUUGCGCUGCUGUUCUGUCUGAACCAUGACAGUAACGCAAUGUUCCACAUUGUGCGGUAUCUCCACGCCAAGUGCCGGAACGACAUCAUCGAGCAGAUGAAGCCAACGCCGGGGACCAAGAUGGACAAGAGACAGAAGGCAAGGAAGCACACUCGGGUUUCUAAAGUCGUGGACGGUCUGCCGCUCCCCAGGGUGGGGAAUGACCGUCUGGAAGUGAAGAUCCAGCUUGGUUUGUACCGGAUUCCUGACAGUCUGAGGAGAAUCAUCAACAACGGCCUCACAGACAAACAGGGCCUGAAAACAUUUGAAGUGAUCGAGAUGACCGCCCUCAAGUCGAUGCUGGAGCAACCAAUGAUGAUGUCGGAGUACGCCCGCCGAUUGACGACGCUGAUGUAUUUUGAAGAGAUUCAGAUGGAGGUUGACAUCCGACAGUAUGACAUCCCAGACGCAGCCAUGACCAAAUAUUUAAAAAACUUUCGCCUGCUAUUGCUCAAGGUGCCAGGUCUAGCAGAGAACCGUCCAUCUGUCCUGAAGGGAGACUGUCUGUAUGUGCGUAUACUGGACAGUGAGGGCGUGGCAGGGGACCAUGAGUACCAGGGGUACGUCCAUGAAGUGCUGCAGAACGAGGUGGCGCUGGGAUUCAGUGAUAGUCUGAUGAAGUUCUUUGUUCCGAACAUGAAGUUCAGCGUGAGGUUUGUGUUCAACCGACUGCCCCUGCGUCUGCAGCACCGAGCAUGUGAGUUGGCAGAGGAACUCAGUCUAGACAACCUGCUCUUCCCCCAGCCCGACCUCAUCGGCAGUCUGGGCUUGAUGCGACCCCUGGACAAAGACUUGAAGUUCUUUGCCCGCAAACCGUCCCUCAACAAGCAGCAGCAGACGGCAGUGAGGCACAUUGUGGCAGGGUCAUCCCGACCUGCCCCCUACCUGGUGUUUGGACCCCCAGGAACAGGCAAGACUUUCACCAUUGUGGAGGCCAUGAAACAGAUAUGGAAACACAUCACAUCCUCCCACGUCUUGGCGUGUGCCCCUUCCAACAGUGCCGCCGACCUCAUCACUGAACGCCUCCUGGAGCAUGUGUCCAAGUCGGAAAUACUCCGAGUGAAUGCAACCAACCGUGCCUGGAUCACAAUCCCAGAGAAAAUCAGAGAUGUGUGCAACUAUGACCGUCAGACUGGACAUUACUACUACCCCAAGAAGGAGGACUUCAUGUCCUAUAGGAUCAUUGUGUCCACGCUGGUCACUGCUGGAAGGCUGUCGUCUGCCAAUUUCCCAGCGGAACACUUCACCCACGUCUUCAUCGACGAGGCCGGCUAUGCCGUGGAGCCGGAGUGUGUCAUCGCCAUUGCCGGGAUCCUCGACUGCAACCCCCUUGUCAAGAACGGAGGUCAGCUGGUGCUGGCAGGAGAUCCCAAACAGCUCGGACCAAUUCUGAGGUCGCCAUUUGCCAUGCAGUAUGGUCUAGAUAUGUCGUUGCUGGAACGCUACAUGACACAACACCCAAUCUAUGCCAGACGGGAGGAUGCCAGGACACCAGAAGAAGCGUACGACGAGCGGGUCCUGACAAAGCUGCUCAACAACUACAGGUCCCACAAAGCUAUACUUCAGAUGCCCAAUGAGAUGUUCUAUGACAGCGAGCUGCAGGUGCACGCUCCCGCGAUCAGGGACCUGAUGUGUGAAUGGGAGGAGCUACCGAUACCCAACUACCCCGUCAUAUUCCACGCCGUCGUCAUGGGAGAAGACAUGAGAGAAGAACGCAGUCCAUCGUUCUUCAACCCAGAGGAAGCUGUGACAGUCAUCAACUACGUCAAACAGAUCCUCGGCACCAGGAUCAUGGGAAAACAGAUCAAGGUGGACGAGAUAGGGAUUAUCUCCCCUUACAGGAAGCAGGUCCAGAAGAUACGACAGCAGCUCCAGAAGAACCGCAUCGACACGCAGAAGCUGAAGGUGGGGUCUGUGGAGGAGUUCCAGGGAGCCGAGCGGCUCAUCAUCAUCGUCUCCACCGUCCGCAGCAACCCCAAAUACCUGUCACAAGAUGUCAAGUUCAACCUCGGCUUCCUCAAAAACCCCAAGAGAUUCAACGUGACUGUGACAAGACCAAAGGCUCUGCUGAUAGUCAUCGGAAACCCCCACACCCUCCUGAUGGACGAACACUGGGGCCGGUUCAUCCGGAACUGCAAGGAAUGUGGAGCUGUUGCCGGAGAGGACUUUUCCACGGAAACGGAACAGGAGUUAGAUGAUGUCAUGCAAAGACUUGCUGCUGUCAACUUGGAUAGCAUAAAUUCCAACCCAGAUUUAGAAAUGGAAGGAGGACAAGUUGUGAACUUUGAACAGCCAUGGAGAAAAGAUAUCUGAUGACAACAGAACAGCCAAUCACAGUCCAAGCAUGUCCAUUCCAGCCAAUCAGAUUGCAGCAUCAGCAUUUAUCAUGGAGUCACAUGCAGACCUGUUUACUCCAUAUAUAGUGAAGGUUCACUAAGAAAUAUCUGUAAUUUCAGCUACUUGUCAGUUGUCUUUUUAUGUAGGGAAAGAUAAUUUAACCUGACACAUUUUACAGUGAAUGAACAAAUAGAUCCCUGAGUUGAUUUGAUGAACAGUUUUUUACAGCUAAGCCUUUUUUGACAUUGACUGAUCAAGGUCAUCAGUAUUUUGUUUGGCUGUUCCAAGGGUUUGGUCUAUAUACUUUACCCAUAAUGCAACAGGUUUAUUUCCGUCAUGCACACUUGGAUCAAAGAGGACAGAUUAAUUGGGGAAAAGGACAACAGAUACCAAUUUGAAAGUUUUAAGUGCAUUUGUGCUCAGGACUUCAU